GCUCCUCGCCCCGCCUAGGGGCGGAGCCAGUGCGCGGGCAGUGUCCCGUGGCGGCGCGGUGCGUCAAGCGUCCGGCCAGUCCUGCCCAGGCAAAGAUGGCUCGGAAGCGCACGGCGGGCCGGGAGCCGCGGGGACGCGAGUUGCGCGGCCAGAUGGCCGCGGGCAGGGAGCCGCGGGGACGUGAGUCACGCGGCCAGACGGCCAAGAGCGAGAGCAAAGCCAGGCGCGAGGAGAAGGAGGCGGAUGUCUUCGAAGAUGAGAAACCUCUAAAGAAGAGCCUUCUCUCAAAAGUUUCACGAGGAAAGAGGAAGAGAGGCUACGGUGAUUCUGGGGGCCCAGCAGAUGGUCCAGCCAGAAAGAAAGCGGCCAAAGUGACUGUGAAAUCCGAAAGCCCUCAGGUUAAGGAUGAAGGCCUCAGCGACAGGGAAGAUGUCAGGUGAGACGGCUGACAAGCUCGCGACC